AUGAUAGCGAAUCCUUGUGUCGACUGCCGCGAACAUGAGGCGACGCUGACGGUUAGAAACAGGCGGCUGUGUAGCGCCUGUUUCACCUACUACGUGCAAUCGAAAAUCUUGAAGCGUAUGGCAUCCUAUGGUUUCAAGAGCCUGUCCAGUGAAAAGGAACGUCGAUUGUUUCUACCUCUGUCCGGGGGCCUGUCAUCGCUUGUUCUGCUACAAGUGCUCGACGUUCAGCUUCAGAAGCAGAUUGCAAAUCGCAACAAGACAUCGUAUGACAUUAUCGUCGCUCGAGUCGUCCUGCCUGGCGAAAAAAACUCAGGGUCUAUCCAGCGUGACUAUGAGGCUCUAGCGGAGACGUUCGCCUCUCAUACCUUCCUGCCUCUAUUGAGUCUGCACCAAAUCUUGCAGCUUGACUGCGACGUGGAGCGAGAUUUGAGGCACCUUGGAAUUGUCCGCCACGGUGGUGAAUCCGACCAGGAUUUCUUCAUUCGCAUCGUGGGUUGUAGCACAUCUGCAAGUGCGGCAUCGGAUUUGCAGUCGAUCCUGCUCAAACGUCUUCUUGUGGCAGCGGCCAGAGACCAACAUUGCGACAAUGUCUUAUGGGGCCAUUCAGAUACCCGUUUGGCAGCAUUGGUGCUGGCUGAUGUCGCUAAAGGACGAGGUGGCUCUGUCUCGUCUUCAAUCGCCGAUGGCCAAACAUUGCAAGGGAUUGAUUUUAAUUAUCCAGUUCGUGAUCUGUUCAAGGCUGAACUGCAGACAUAUGCUCGAGUCUCAUCCGAGCCAGCACUAAAAACCACAGUCGAACAAGAUACACAGGUCCAACAGCCCACAAGCAUACGUAACACUGCAAUCGACGAUCUCCUCAACACUUACAUCACAUCUCAAGGCGAGAAAUAUCCAAGUAUUAUGGCGAAUGUUGUGCGUACUGCAAGCAAACUAGAAGCCAAGAGGCCCGCCGACAAUACUAUCGUCGCCUGCCCGGUGUGUCUCCUGCCCAGAGUGGGCACCCAAGGAUCUUUAGCUACAAAUUCUGGGCUAUGUUACGGAUGCCAAAGGAUGAGGCAAGACAUCGUACCAUAA